CGGAGCGGCGUCGGGCGCGCUCCGCUGCACACCGGCCCUGCGAGCGCCGCCCGCUCCCGCAGCCCCGGCCCGACCGCCCGCUCGCCCCGCCGACCGCGGCCCCGCCGUGCGCACCGUGCGCUCCCCCGGCCCGUGUGUCUCCUCCGCUCCGCUCCGCGCGCGGCGGAGGCAGCCGCGCCCCCCCCGGCCCGGCCCCCCCUCCUCCCGCCGCCCCCUCGCCCCCGCCGGGCCGCGGAGCUGCGAUGCCCUCGGACUUCAUCUCUCUGCUCAGCGCCGACCUCGACCUCGAGUCCCCCAAGUCGCUCUACUCCAAGGAAUCUGUCUAUGACCUUCUCCCAAAGGAGCUGCAGUUACCACCUUCCAGAGAAACAUCCAUAGCAUCCAUGAGCCAAACAAGCGGUGGUGAGGCCGGUUCGCCGCCUCCAGCUGUAGUUGCUGCUGAUGCUUCUUCAGCUCCCUCCUCUUCCUCCAUGGGCGGUGCUUGCAGCUCCUUUACCACCUCUUCCAGCCCUACCAUUUACUCUACCUCAGUCACCGACAGCAAGGCUAUGCAAGUGGAGAGCUGCUCCGCGGCCGUGGGGGUAAGUAGCCGAGGGGUAAGUGAGCAGCAGCUUCCCGGUACCGCAGCCCCGCCGCCGGCGGCCACGCCGAAGCGCCACACUGUCCUCUACAUCUCGCCACCUCCCGAGGACUUGCUGGACAACAGCCGGAUGUCCUGCCAGGAUGAGGGCUGUGGAUUGGAGUCAGAGCAGAGCUGCAGUAUGUGGAUGGAGGAUUCACCCUCCAACUUCAGUAACAUGAGUACCAGUUCCUACAAUGAUAACACUGAGGUGCCACGUAAAUCGCGCAAGCGCAACCCAAAGCAGAGGCCAGGGAUCAAACGCCGAGAUUGCGAAGAGUCCAACAUGGAUAUCUUUGAUGCCGACAGUGCCAAAGCGCCUCACUAUGUCCUUUCUCAGCUCAGCACGGACAGCAAAAGCAACUCAAAAGCAGGAAAUGGAGCACCAGAGAACCAGAAGGGAGCUGGAGGGAAGAAGACCCCAAUGUUGUGUGGUCAGUACCCGACCAAGAGUGAGGGGAAGGAGCUGAAGAUCAUGGUGCAGCCGGAGACCCAGCACAGGGCUCGGUACCUGACCGAGGGCAGCCGGGGCUCCGUCAAGGACCGGACGCAGCAGGGCUUUCCCACCGUCAAGCUGGAAGGCCACAACGAGCCCGUGGUGCUGCAGGUGUUCGUGGGCAACGACUCGGGGCGCGUGAAGCCGCACGGCUUCUACCAGGCCUGCCGGGUGACGGGCAGGAACACCACGCCCUGCAAGGAGGUGGACAUCGAGGGCACCACCGUCAUCGAGGUGGGGCUGGACCCGAGCAACAACAUGACCCUGGCGGUGGAUUGUGUGGGAAUCCUGAAGCUGAGGAACGCUGAUGUGGAAGCCAGGAUAGGGAUUGCGGGCUCCAAGAAGAAGAGCACCCGCGCCCGGCUCGUCUUUCGCGUCAACAUCACGCGCAAGGACGGCUCCACGCUGACCCUGCAGACGCCCUCCUCCCCAAUUCUGUGCACUCAGCCAGCAGGAGUCCCAGAGAUCCUAAAGAAAAGUCUCCACAGCUGUUCAGUGAAGGGUGAAGAGGAAGUUUUUCUGAUUGGCAAGAACUUCCUAAAGGGAACAAAAGUGAUUUUCCAAGAGAAUGUUUCCGAUGAGAAUUCUUGGAAGGCAGAAGCUGAAAUUGACAUGGAAUUAUUUCAUCAGAAUCACCUUAUUGUGAAGGUGCCACCAUAUCACGACCAGCAAAUCACCUCAGCUGUCUCGGUGGGGAUUUACGUGGUGACCAACGCUGGCAGAUCUCACGACGUGCAGCCCUUCACCUACACUCCAGAGCCAGCUGGGACUCUGAAUGUUAAUGUGAAGAAGGAAAUCUCCAGCCCAGCCCAACAUUGUUCUUUUGAAGAGGCUAUAAAAGCAGUGAAGGCCACGGGCUGUAACCUGGAGAAGGUGAACAUUCUUCCUAGUGCCUUGAUAACUCCACUCAUGCCAAGCAGUAUGAUCAAGAACGAAGAUGUGGCUCCAAUGGAAGCUUCGAAUGUGGUUGGACCAACUCAGCAAACAUUGGAAAACAGCAUGUCCGGCAUAUCAACUUCUGCUUCCCAUUUACCUUCUGAAGGCGAAAACCAGCAGCAGCUGCAGCCCAAGGUGUUCAAUGCAGAACCCCUGAGCACCAUCCAGCCGCAGGACAUUUCUCAGCCGGGCAGCAUUCUGCAGAGCAGCGAUGCCCUGCUGCAGCAGGCGGCGCAGUUCCCGGGCAGGGAGUCGCAGCCCCGCGAGGUGCUGCAGUCGGACGGCACCGUGGUGGCUCUGUCCCAGCUGGCCGAGGCCUCGCAGCAGCAGCCGCAGCCCACGCUGGCGGAGCCGGCCCAGGCCCUGCAGCAGCAGAUCUCCUCGAGCAUCUUCUCGUCGGCCAGCGGCGUCAGUCAGCUCCAGAACACCAUCCAGCAGCUCCAGGCUGGGAACUUCCCCACCAACACCGCCACGGGCAGCAGCAGGAACGUCGACUUGGUGCAGCAGGUUCUGGAAGCUCAGCAGCAGUUAUCUUCCGUUCUGUUUUCGGGCUCAGACAGCAGCGAGGAUGUCCAGGAUCAGCUGAACGCAGACAUCUUUCAGCAGGUCAGCCAGAUACAGAGCAGCGUGAACCCCGGGAUGUUUUCCUCCUCGGACACAGCUGUCCAUUCCAGAGCAGAGAACCUUUUGCCUGGCCGAGCUGAGAGCGUCCACCCGCAGCCCGAGGGUGCCCUGUCCAGCCAGCAGCAGCAGCAGCAGCAGCAGCAGGCCAUGGAGACCUCGGCGGCCAUGGUGAUGGGCAUGCAGCAGAACAUGUGCCAGGCGGCCACGCAGAUGCAGUCGGAGCUGUUCUCGUCCAGCACGGCGGGGAACGGGGCCCUGCAGCAGUCCCCGGUGUACCAGCAGGCGUCGCACAUGAUGGGCGGCCUGUCCGGCAGCGAGGACAUGCAGAUGCAGUGCGAGCUGUUCUCCUCGUCCCCGGGCGUGGCUGGCGGCGAGGCGGCCGCCCCCGCGCAGCAGCCCGUGUCCAGCAGCGGGGCUGCCAUGUUCCAGCCCAGCAGCUCUGCGGAGGGAGAGGAGGCCUCGGGCCAGGGCAAACAGAUGCAGAGCUCUGUGUUCCAGACCAUGGUUCAGAUGCAGCACGGCGGGGAAAGUCAGUCCCAGGUUAAUCUCUUCUCGUCCACCAAGACCAUGAUGAGUGUCCAGGCCAGUGGGACUCAGCAGCAGGGCGGGGCUCUGUUCCAGCAAGGUGGAGAAAUGAUGUCCAUUCAGUCGGGAAGCUUCAUCCAACAGUCCCCACACUCGCAAGCUCAGCUUUUCCACUCUCAGAACCCUAUUGGUGACACUCAGAAUAUAUCCCAGGAAACGCAAGGAUCCCUUUUUCAUAGCUCAAAUUCCAUUGUCCACAACCAGACCAACACUAAUUCCUCUGACCAACUGCAGCCCCCCAUGUUCCACUCACAGAAUGCCAUGGGUGUCUUGCAGAGCUCCUCGGUGCCUCAAGACCAGCAGUCUGCCAACAUGUUCCUUUCCCAGAGUUCCAUGAGCAACCCUGCCACUCAGGAGGAGCAGAUGUCGUUCUUCACAAGCCCAAACCCCAUUUCUCCUCUUCAGACAGCAACAAACACUGAACAGCAGACUUCUUUCCAGCAGCAGACGCAGAUCUCUCAUAUGCAGAGCUCCAUGCUUCCCCAGGAGCAGCCCCAGGCUCAGCCAGCUCAGCAGGGUUUGUUUCAGUCCCAGGUGUCGUUGGGCUCCAUCCAGUCCAGCUCCAUCCCUCAGAACCAACAAGGAGCCAUCUUCCAGCCUCAGCAUUCGAUUGUUGCCAUCCAGAGCAGCCCUCCCUCUCAGGAGCAGCAGCAGCAGCAGCAGCAGAACAUGAUGUUCAGCAAUCAAAAUGCAAUGAGUACAAUGGCCCCCCAAAAGCAGAACAUGAUUUUCAAUCCAAACCAAAACCCAGUCACCAAUCAGGAGCAACAAGGCCAGUCCAUUUUUCAUCCACAGUCCAACAUGGCCUCGAUGAAUCAGGAGCAGCAGCCCAUGCAAUUCCAGAGUCAGACCACAGUGUCUUCUCUCCAGAAUCCUGGCUCCAGCCAGGCUGAAGCACAGCAGCCAGCCAUCUUCCAUAACUCGCCCCAGAUUCAGCUGGUCCAAGGGUCCCCAAGUUCUCAAGAGCAACAAGUCACCCUGUUCAUCUCGUCAGCUUCCAUGUCUGCCCUGCAGAACAGCAUGAGCCAGCCGGAGCUGCAGCAGUCCCCCAUGUACUCCUCCCAGAACAGCAUGGCAGGAAUGCCAGGAACUGCUUCUCCUCCCCAGCAGCAGGCUCCUCUGUUCCACAACACGGCGGGAGGGGCCAUCAACCAGCUGCAGAACUCCCCUGCCUCGUCCCAGCAGACCUCGGGGAUAUUCCUGUUCGGCAUCCAGAACAACUGCGGGCAGCUGCUGCCCCCCGGGCCGGCGGCGCUGCCGGAGGAGCUGAUGGCCAUGGGGCAGCCGGGGCAGGCGCAGGGCGAGGCGCAGCCCCCCGUGCCCGCCCUGCUGCCCCAGCCCCUGCCCGAGACCCCCCCGCUGCCCCCGGCCAUGGCCGCCAACCAGAACAUGGAGAAGAUCGACGACCUGCUCGUGUCCUUGCAGAACCAGGGCAACAACAUGGCUGGCUCCUUCUAACGAGGCAAGUGAAAUUCCGUGGAGAAAAAAAAGCGACGAUUUCCCAGAUCCUCUCAGACCUUCCAACUCUGGAUUAGGCUGCGUGGAACCAAUUGCUUCUGUGGAAAAGUGGCCUCUUUAAGAGCACAGCGUGGCCAGUGGCAGACCUGAGGCCAUGACCAUGGAGUUUGGGCUCCACAGUGCCAAUAAUGCUGAGGAGUUAUGCUUUGUGUUACUGGGGCGUGGGGUUGGGCUGUUACCAGGUUCAUGAACCUCAUUACAGUGGGGGCUCUUGGAAUUUAAAGCAUAUCUGGUCAGUUAUUAUUGUUGUUGGAAGGUAAUCCAUGUUACCACGUUUACUUUUUCCCUGCUAUUCCUUCCUCCCAUCCCUUUUUCCCUGCGGGACGCUCGUGCAGCAGGAGCAGCAGCUGCCUGUGCCCCGAGCCUGAGCCAGCUGCCAGUCAGAGAAGGGAUCUCUCCACUGACACAGAGUGGGAGAGCCAGGCCCUCCCUUCAUCAAUUGCAAGUAUUGCUAACUGUAAUAACAAGCAGAGAAUUGCUGCUGUAAAUAACCAGUUCCCAUCUCAGAAUGGGAUUAGCGGUUUUCCACGUCUGUGGAAGCUGGAGUUACGUGGAGCUGUACAUAGAGCAAGGGUUUGGUUGGUGGCUCUACAAAAUGAAGAAAGGAAGGGGAACUUCCAGCUGAUCUUAAAAUCUUCUCUAAAACACCUUCAGCUUGAAAAGAACAUUCUGUGUGGCUGAGGAAGGGGCUCCUCUGUGUCUCUCCUUCUGACUGAUGGGUUGGAGCUCUGUGAAGCCUCAUGAGCUGUUCCCAAACCAGCCUUCUCCCUUUUAUUCUUUCCAUGGUUUUCCCUCGCUCCCUCAGUUUUGUAUUUUGUUUUUUUUAAAAAAAAGACAUAAAUAUCCUACUGGAUUUAAAGCUAAAGAAAAAGCUUUUAGGAAUCCUUGGCAGUAAAUUGCUUAGUCAGUAGAAGCUUUGACAAAUAAUCAAGGAGUAAGGAGAGAGGAAGCAAUUUCUCCACCACCUUGUAAUUGUAGGAAUCCCCCUUAACCCGCCACUUCCAGCUGUGACUGAUGGAAAUCUUCAGCUUGGCUUUACUCCAAGUAGGGGGCAAAUUGCAUCAUUUUUAAGCCUUCUUAAAAGGUCACUUCAUCCCGAGCUGUUGCAUCCUUGUAGCACAUGAGCUCAUCGCAGUUCUGAAGUGAUUUUUCCUUUUUCUACCACCGAGCCCCAAGUCUGGUUUCUAGAUUGUCAUGUUUAAUUAAGGAAUAAAUCAUCGACUGAUGUUACCGAAUGUAAAAACAACCCACUCCAGACCAUGCCAGGUGUAUUGUGAGGCUUGUGGAUUUUUUUGGGUGCUUCAACUCUCCAGACAGUGUGUGAUCUCUCCCUACGGCCUCGUGAGAUCCGUGUGCUCCCGCGGCGCCCGUUCCGCCUCGGUGGAGUGUAGCUGGUAUCACGUCAUUCUUCAUUUUUGUUAUUUGAAAUAACAAAGGAACAGUCUGUAAAUGGGUUUUUUUUUUUAAGUUCCUCGAGUCUGUUUACUGUGUGUUUUCCCCUUAACUCGUGUGCGUAGUUGAGCCGUGUAGUUUUCCUUGGUUUUUCCUGGAUUUCCCCGUUUGUUGGUCUGUCCCACGUUCACUUUCUCUUUCUGUCUCUCUCUUUCUCUCUCUCAUUGAGAGGCAUUGAAUUACGUUUUCAGUAGUAAGGCUUCUUGCCGAUAUGAAGGGAACUUUUCAGAAAGAGACCUGCUCUGGGUCAUUUAAUUUUGAAUACAGUUUUCAAUCGUUCAAGUUUUGGAUGGUUUAUAUCUAAUGUGUGUUUCAUUUUUUUGGAAAGCUAUAUUUUGUAUUUAGGAAAUGGUAUAACUAUUUUGCUAUUUGUACUGAGUGAGUACAUUGGCAUAAAUAUAAAAAUUUAUAUAUAUACAUAUAUAUAAAAUAUUCUUUUUGCCACACAUUUUUGUGGUAAAUUUGUGAGUUUGUCUGAUGUUCUACCACAACGUGGCGUCUGAUAACAGUGGGGUGGGGUGGGGUUUGUUAUGUCUUUAUUGAGUAUUUAAGUACUUUUUGCAACAUAAAUAACGUGUUCAUCUCUCGCCAUUCCAUCAGGCAGUGUUGGUCCAGCUGGCCACGAGAAGCUUCGCUCUGUGUUUGGUGUGUCCCUCACUCACAGCCUAGCCAGGAAACCCAGAGGCAUUUAGGAUUAUAUAAAAUAUGAAAUAUUGGGGUUUCCCUCAGAAUGAGCCAUUCAGCUUUUCUCCACUCUCAUUGCCUAUUUAAUAUUUUAUUAUUAGCGCCUCUGUGUUUUAACUCCUAAUUUAUGAUUAUGCUCAAACGUUGGAAAUUUUAAUCAGGACAGAAAGAAUUCCCCGCUGCAUCAUGUCCAGAGCUGCUUUAACCCCAACCCAGACUUCUUCUUUCUGUAUUUUAUUUUUUUUCCCCUGCUAAGACAAAACAUUACCAACAUCUUGUAAUGGUUCACAAGACGAAAGCACAGCCCCAGCAGUGCCCAGCUGCUGUGUGGGGCUGCUCAGGCUGAGAACAGCGGACCCAACAACGUCCAGAGGGCCGUGGAAGUCCAUAGGCACUCGCUGGGGAAGGAGCUGGUGGUGUUUGCAGGAUGUGUGUCCCAGGGUGAGCUGUUGGGACACGGAAGGAGUGACAGGAACGAUGGAUUCGCUCGCGCUGCUUCGGUUUGCUCCUUGUUCCCAAGGGCUCUCUCCGUUUGUGGGUCAGUGCCAAGUCACCAGGGACCAAUUCUGCGUGGAACAGGAUGAGUGCCCAGAAGAGAACCUCGUCCCAAGCCUGCCACAGCUCCAGGGAAAAAGGGUAUGUUUGAAUUGUGGGCGUGUUUGAGGUCACUCGUGAAGAGAAGAGGGAAAAAAACAUACACAAAAAACCAACCAAGGGCUGUGCUAUCCCAGUUUUCCCUUCUGGAAACACCUUCCUUUCCUCGUGUUAAAUUUUCCUGUUCAUUUUAGGUCAAUGUUUAAAUGUACAACACUUUGAACAUGUGAUUUGGUUCCAAGAGGUAUUUGUGUGACUGAAGAGGUCGCUCAGCGGUUGGCGCGUGCUCGGCUCUGGGCUGCAGGGGUUGGAGCAGGAGAGAGGAGCUCGGGACAGGCUGCAGGGUGUCCUGGCAGGGAGCAGAGCCUGAGCACGGCUGGCUCUGACCACGGCCCUGAACAUUCAGUUCUGAGCAUUGGGGUUGGGCAGCAGAGCUUCUCUGUGUCCCCUCAGGGCCUUUGUGUUGUCCGGUUUUCGGCUGUUUGAGGGGCCUGGAAAGGCCCGAGGUGGCCUUGGGGCAGCCCGCGUAUCGAAGGACGAGAAGAGGCUUCAGUUCUUCUUUCGGUUUUUAUGUUUAUUAAUUGUUUAUCUAAAAGAUGUCCUUUCAGCCCGACAGAGCUCUGCUCAGCAGCCAGCCAUGAGCACACUGUGUGCCUCCGGACAGCCACGUAUCUUUAUACCCAUUGUUACGUGUACAAUAUUUAUCAUUUUUCCCCAAUACCAUUUAUUCUUAUUGCUGGGUGCACUUUCAGUAAUAACCAAUCCAAAAAUGCCACCAUGGCCAAAGAAGAUGGAGGAGAAGAAGAAGAAGAAGAAGGACAGGACACACCCCAAUUCCUCCAUCUUACUUCUCUAAACCCCCCUGUACAUAAAUCCUAAACCCUGUGUCUCACCCUCUAAUUAGCUAAUCUUUUUGCCAUUCACCCCGGUGAAGUCCUCUUAUCUUCAUACAGGUGUCGUCUCCCGUGUAGGAUCAAAGUCCAGCCACCAGUCACUUCUGGCAACAUUCCAGGACUCCCGGGCCCCCCAAGGGUGGUCUCGGUGGCUCGGCAUCUCAGGACUCAGAUCCUGAGAUCCCACAUUGUGUGGCACAGAGGACCCCGAGGUGCCAGGCUGUCGGUCCAGCAUCCCUGGGGUCCCAGAGCACCCGUUUGUGGGCACAGGUGAGGGCUGAGGGAGAUGGAGCUGCCAACCCCCCCACAUCCCCUCAGCUUUUACCCUGAGCGUGCCCAGAGCCCGCCCAGACACCACAGAGCCACGCUCGGUGCAGUUUGAGCUGAACAUCUCCUCUGGCAGAGCCACUGGUGCUUUGUGCUUAAUUAACAGUAGCUUUGGUAUUAAUUGCCUCCUCACUGCCUGGUCUUGCUGCAAGCCAAACGCUUUGCUCUUAUUUUAACACAAAUCUAGUUCAAGAAAUAAUUCCAGGCUGGCUGUUCUGAAGUGGGUGUCCCCUCUCUGAUCAGUGAUGAUGAUUUCUUCUGAUCACUGACAGGGUGGCUGCUUCCAUGUGGUUUUGAGAUAAAAUAAGGCACGAGCAGUUAAACAAAACCUUGGCAGGUUUUUACUGGCAGCUGUGUCAGUGGACAUUCCCCUCACUUGCAUAAGCUGAACUUUAUUUUUUAAAGUUUCCAUUGAUAUUUUGAUUUAGAAUCUCAUUUCUAAAAGGAAAAUAGGUCUGAAUGGAUUUUUAUUCCUGUUUUGCUGUGCCUCUGCUUGGCAGACGGUUGGGUUCCUUUUGCAGGGCCGUUGUGGGAGAGCAGAGGGAGCACAGACGUGGAUCUGAGUGAGGGGAGCAGGGGAGAGCAGAGGGAAUUGCUUGGCCUGCUCCGAGCUGCAGGUGGAAGGCAAGAACAGGGAAUUCUGGUCACUGCUCAUUAGUGCAAAAUGGAAUUUUAUGGUUUUGGGGGGGUUUGUGUUCAGGGGCUCAGGGCAGCUCCAUUCUGUAGAAGCUAAAAGCAGACAGCAGUGGGAUGCUGUGUUUGUUCAGGGGCUUUGCUUUAAUUUGGGCUGGUUUAGUCUGUUGGGGCAGCCUGUGAGCACUUGGUGCUCCUGCUCAGCCCAGCUGUGCCAGCUGUGGUGCCACAGCACCGAGGGUCAGCAUUGGGAAUGGGGUAAAUGUGUUAGGAACAAGGAGAAAUGCAGCAGGGCUGAACUCCUGCCAAAGGGAACUUGGGAAACCGGGAGGUCACACAGGAGGAGAGGCUUUUCCUCUCCCAGUCUGUAUAGGGAUGUAAAUAUGCACUGCCUGUAUAUUCUAGGAUUAUAUAUAUGUAUAUAGAGGAGUCAGAUUAUUAUAUAUAAAUAGUAGACACAGCAUUAGAAUACUGUUAUAUUUACAUUUUUAUAAACAUGAAACAAUACUCCUUUUCCUCGGUAGGAGGCUUUUGUAGUAACUCAUGAGUAGCUGUCCCACCUCAGUGCUGGACGUGUGUCCUGUUGGUGACAUGGAUCCAGAACUUGCUCUGCUUGGGAACCUCGCUGGGAUCUGUGCCUUGCAAGCAGCUGUGGCCACUUGUGUGGGUUUACAUCUUUUAGUUCAUACUUGCAGAUGAGGUUUAGGGUAGAGCUGACACCCAGGCUGAGGCUGAGCUUCCUGCAGCCCUGAGCAUCCCUGGGCUUCCCCUCAGAGCCCUUUCCAUGCCAGGGUGGCAGCAGCUGUGCAGACAGGGCUUGGUGGUGCUGGGCUGACACAGCCCACGUGUGGGAUGUUACUGUUAGCAGAAGGUCCCUGCUUCUGCUGGGUAGGAGGGGAAGCUCCUCUGCCAUUUCUCUUUAUUCCCAUGAGGGCAGGAGUCUGUAAACUGAUUUUUUUACCUGAUUCAUUAGUGCAACAAUCAAAAUCUUGAGAAUUCCUUGAAAGCCAGUGAAGCUCCCCUUGAAUUCUGUCUGUGAGGAACCUGCCACCACUCGUGCUGAUUUCUUUCUUGCAGCUUGUGUGAGGAAUUAAACCCUAAGAAUCAUAGAAUAUCCUGAGCUGGAAAGGACCCACAGGGAUCAUCCAGUCCAACCCCAGCCCUGCACAGACACCUGAAUAAUCCCACCCUGGGCAUCCCUGGAGCACUGUCCAAACUGUCCUGGAGCUCUGGCAGCCUUGGGGCCGUGCCCAUUCCCUGGGCAGUGCCAGCACCCUCUGGGGGAAGAACCUUUCCCUGAAAUCCAACCUAAACCUGCCCUGACACAGCUCCAGCCUUUAAAUCAGGUCUUACAUUCAGUAAUGUGUAUUGUGUCCAACAUGACUUUCAGUUCCAAAUCUGUGUUCCACUGGAAUUUGUCCUGAGUGGAUCAGUGUUAUCCUGGUACAGGCCUCUUAGAUCACCUCCACCACACUGAGAGCCAGUGUCCUCCUUUGUUCUCUUGGAGUUUGCAGAGCUGAACUCUGCUUUUUGCAGGGAUGUGUCAUUUUUGCUGUUACACUUUACAUUAAAUUGCCUGUGUAGGGCCAGGGCAGGGAACGCAGGGAUUCCCUGCUCCCUGAGCCCUGUUCAGGUUCCAGCAGCUCCAGGCCUGGCAUGAGGGAGGGCUCCUGUUCCCUGACAGGGAAAUAUAAAUACCCCUUGGCUUUGUUUUGGCCCUGGAGCUGCCCCUUGGCAUAACGUGUGCAGGAGGAGGUUCCUGUUGGGAAGUGGCUCUGUGGGUCUUGCAGAGCUGGGAUCCCAUUGCCGUACCCUUAACAGCCUGCAGCAUUCCUGGAGCUCUUUUAUUCUGGGUAAAAGGAGGCAAUUUGAAUUAUUUCCACCUGAGCUGAUGCUGAGUUAAGCUCCAACCCCUUCAGAGCAGAGCUCCUGUCUCUGUCCCUGCACCUCGGGUGGGCUCUGCCCUGCCUGCCAGAUGUUCUGGGUGCACCCUCGACCGCUGAGCUGCCUCUUCUGUGUCCUGCAGUGUGAAAGUAGCACCAGAUACUCCUUCGUGCAGUCUGUGUAUAUGGCUUUCGUAGGUGGGUUUCCAAGCACUGAUUCCCGGUGUUUUCAGUUUGUCUAUGAGGGGAUAUUUUAUUUGCAUCUAUGUUUUUAGCUCUCCUGUGAUAACUUGUUGAAUAUUAAAAAAAAAAAAAAAUAUUUUGCUUCUAUUGGGACAUUUGUAUACUCGCAACUAUAUUUCUGUAAACAGCUGCAGUCGAGAAUAAACGAUGAAAAGUUUUCAUUUUA